AGAAAGGUUGUUGUGAAAAGCCUGUUGUUUCAGUGCAUGUGUAGUUUGGCUGUAGGUGACGCCGGAGAUGUGUUUAGGGAGGAGUCAGAUUCAGAGUCGAUCAUUUUGGGAAGCGAGAGUUUUUGCUGGGCAGGACUCGGCCGAGCGCGGACAGGUUUCGCCAGGGCUGCUUUUAAACUCAAUAAUUUUGGGUGGGGUUUUUCUUUUGCACAGACAUCAGGAAUGUAUCGUGAAUGUGUUGGCUGAGCAGAGGGUGAAACGACCGAGUUUUUGUUUCGGGACGGGAAUAAAGUUUGUUCGGCAGCAGUAACUUCGGGCGUAAAGGUUGUUUCCCCUGCUCCACCAUGGCCCGUCGCUCCCAGAGUUCUUCAUUGGGAGACAACCCCCUGGAUCCCAAUUAUCUGCGUCCCCAUUACCGAGAGGAGUACCGCAUGGCUAUUGAUGCCCUGGUGGAGGACGACAUCGAGGGCUAUUACAACUUUUUACAAAAUGCUAACGUAGUGGACUUUUUAUCGAGGUCAGAGAUUGAGAAUAUUAAAAGCACUGUGCAGACGCCACAGAGUGCUGGAAAUGUACCAGAACUGCCCUAUGGAGAAAUCGAUCAGGAUGAGUCUUCUGACACCUACUGGCCUCUGCAUUCAGACUUAGAUGCACCAGGAUUAGAUCUCGGUUGGCCAAUGCAGCAGCAUAGUUUUGUGGGACCCACAGAGGUCACAAUGCUGAUAAACCCUGCUGAACCCGAACGGCCCAGCAUUAAGGAGCAGGCCCGUCGCCUCAUCAAAAAUGCACAUCAGGUCAUUGCAGUAGUGAUGGAUAUUUUCACAGAUGUUGAUAUAUUUUCUGAUCUUCUGGAAGCUGCAGCACGUCAUGUGCCUGUCUAUAUUCUGCUGGAUGAACAAAAUGCCCAUUAUUUUGUUAACAUGGUGGCAAGCUGUAAAGUUAACCUGGAAAUGAUCCAUAUGAUGCGGGUAAGGACAGUGGCAGGCGUUACUUAUUUCUGCCGCACUGGGAAAUCAUUUAAAGGUCAAGUGAUGGACCGUUUUCUUCUGACGGACUGCAGAGCAGUGAUCAGUGGAAACUAUAGCUUUAUGUGGUCUUUUGAGAAGAUCCACCGCUGUAUCGCCCAUUUAUUCCUUGGAGAGCUUGUUGCCACUUUUGAUGAGGAGUUUCGUAUUUUGUUUGCUCAGUCUCAGCCUCUUGUUGUUGAAAAUGCCCUUGUGCCCAUGCCACAAGAUAGUUACCUCGGCAACCAGUUUGGCUUAAAAAGGACUCAGUCGCUAAGGAAUCCCAGAGGAUAUCUUCGUCAACCUGAACUCGGUGGUUACCAAUAUGGAGAUCGCCUCGACUCCAUACUGCCUUUUCGGAGGGAUGACCCUUUCCGCCAUACAAUUGAACCAAGUGCAGGUCCCAUGCAGGUUACAAAAUAUGCAACACAGCAAUUCAGGAUGCAACAGUCAUUCUUGGAUCAAGGGCGCUCAAUGUUAGCCUCACGUCAGCUGGAAAUGAAUGCUUUUAAAAGGCAUAGCUAUGCAGAAGGCACCCGCGAGACCUACGCCUCCUCCCGGCAGUACAUGAAACAGCGCGUAAUGAACAACUUGGAGGAGACUGAAUCGCAUUACCAGCGAGAACAACAUUAUUAUCAGAGCGAAGGCAUGGGACAUGAUGACCGUGGACACUACGACCGAUUUAACUAUGGCUUGGCAGAUCAACACUCAGAUUCUGGAUAUCCCCCUGAACUUGAGGCACCAGGAAAUCUGAAUGUUUUAUCCUCUGAUGACCUCAAAAGCGAUUCAGAAAAACAGUAUAAUAUAGGAGGUCGCUAUGAUCCACAAGGCCACAAGAGGCCUGCUGCGGGCCACGCAUAUGCAUGUCAGAGUUCGCCGACUCAGCCGCAUCCUCCAGACCAAAAGCAGUUAUUCUCCACUGGAGAUCAGGUACGGCAGUCGCAGGACCCCAGCGUGAAGCAGGGGUUGCGGAGCUGGAGGAUCAACUCUUAUCUCAGCACUUAUGAAGACGGAGGAGAGGAAGGCCUGCAUCAGCCUAUGGGUUCAGAUGCUUUUGAAGACUCACAUCAACAACCUGACAGCAGACUUUAUGGCUCUGAGGGACCAGGUAUUCAUUCAAACAUUAGAGAACGUCCAAAUAUUCCAACUAAGCCAAACCUUGAUUUGCGGCCACGUUAUGGGAAACCCAUCAUACAAGAUAGGAAUCAAGUAAAAGAUAGUACCUCUGACGUGGGUGCCACAAGUACUGACACAUUGAAGCCAGCAAUUUCAGCUUCAUCACUAACAUCUUCAACAGACAAUGAGAAAGAGUUGGCGGAACCGAGGGAAAUCAGCAUUACCAAGCAUGAGUCGUUCCGAACUCGAAUUAACCCAAUGCUUCAGAGGAGCUCAAGAUUAAGGUCUUCUUUAAUCUUCAGCUCCUCAAAGCUGGAACAACACAACUCUUCGCAAGCUAAGUCCGGUGGAGAGUUACAAGAGGAGAAAGAGGAGAAUGAGCCUAUUCGAUACUCGUCCAUUGUGGCAGAGAUUCUUGAGAAGAGGAGAUCGCUGUCCAGAGAGCCGUUCGAUUGGAAUAAACAUAAAAAAACAGAUGAAAAAGAUGUUAAACACGCUUCAACCGGAGAUCUGACUACGAUCCAAGACACCAAAGAAGAGCCCAUCAAAGAAAAGGAGAAACCAGACAACCCUAAACCUGAGGAAGUUGCACAGCCAACAGUGCCUUCAGCAUCUCAGCAAAUAACUUCUUCGCUAAACAUGAAUGAUCCAGCAAGCCGACUUCAGUACUUCAAAGAUCUGGAAGAAAAGAGGAAGACCUCCAAAUUAGAGUUAGAUUUGGGUACUAAAAGUCAAGAAGCAGCCUUUAAAAAGCCAGACACCUUGGAUACAGCAACCAAAGUUCCAGAUGUGCUUGUAACUUCAGAGCAGUCAACUGUGAAGACACAAGAACCAUCAGUUUCACGAACAGAUCCUGCACCACAUCGCCCGGUGAUUGAAACGAAACCAAAACCAUCAGAAGUCUCUGUGGACAGACUGUACACCAACAGCAAAACUCUGACGGAGAGCACAGCUGAUGCACCAAAGAAAGAGCCUGCUAAGGAACCAACAAAAUCACUCAAGCCUUUCCCUUCACCCAAGUUCUUAAAACCCUUCAAAAGCUCUCAAUCUUCUAGUCGGCGGAUAUCAUGUGGCGAGGAGAUUCUCACAGAUGCAACAGAUGCUGAAAAGAGUGAGCUCAAAAAGUCUCGCAGCUUCAGCACAUCAGGAAUGUCCCGCACGGAGUCCAGAGAAAGCCUGAGCUCCCUUGGAAACACUGAAAGCAAGGAUACAAAGGCUCUUGACUUCCUCAAGAAACAAACGCAGAGAUUGAAGGGUAUCCUUGGGCCAAAGGGAGAUAAGAAGCACUCAGGAGUGUCCAACUCUCAAGAGGACAAGUCAAUGAAAACAGUCCCAGAGGUGCAAGAGGAGACCUCAGACAAAGGCAAACCCUCUGAAUCCAUUUCAUCUUCAACCGCAGUAGAGAACAAGCCCAGUGCUAAACCGACUACUUCACGCUAUCAGUCCUCUACCUCCAAUAUAAUAUUCAGCAGCAACCUCAGGGAUGAUACCAAGGUGAUCCUAGAGCAAAUCUCAGCAAAUAGUCAGAAGACUAGACAGCAGAAUGAAGAGUCUGGGAAAGGCGAUGGGGGCAAAGAUGACGUUUCCAAUUCACCCUUCCAAAGCCGGAACCGGUUCAGCCGAACUCCAGUCAACCCACAGGAGAGGGACAAUCUGCUGAAGAGAAUAGAGAGCAUGCGCAAAGAAAAGAAAGUCUACAGUCGUUUCGAGAUGGGGAAUAACCUGGGAUAACAAAACAUGGAGGAAGGGGCCAAUGUUCCUCACAGAGAACUGUAAAGAGAACAUGAAACCGUACUAAAACGAUUGUACCAAAACACCCCAAAAUACUGCUGUGAACAGACACAGUGAAGCAAGUAAGUCGCUUCAGAAUAAAAGCGCCUACUAUAAACGACUAGUAACUAAAUGGUCCAUGGAUCUCAUAAAAACAGCACGAAAAUAGCACAACCUCAAAUAUGAGGAGUCUUGUUGCAGCAGGAGGAAUAUUUCUCGCUCUGUGCCAAUCUGAGCCCACAGAUGAUUCACUGUGCCCUUAUAAGGCAUUAGGGGCAUACCUCAUAACAAUAAUAACACACCAUUACUGCAAAGUACAAAUCAGGCCAAAGAAGGGUUUGGACUUCAGGAGGCUUUUCUCAGCUUGGACAUUUUUUUAACUUCUGUGAUCUCUUCAUGAUGUAUAUGUACGCCAUUUCCAGCCUUGCUAAAGGAAAUUAACGUGUUUGGGCAGAAGCUGAGAUAUGCUACUCUGAAGGCACCAAAACACACCCUCUUCUAAAGUACACCACACAAACGCUCCAGGACACGUCAUGCUGAAAUUAUGCUUUGGUGGUGACUCUGUGCCAACGGAUCACAGGCAUAAAGGAAAACCAGAGAUGGUUGGUAGACAACGCUUCUACUUGAAACUCAACUAAGAAAUGACCAGAAAGUAUGUAAGGGAUGUAUGAAAAUGAAAGGCCUGUUUAAUUUUUCCUCUAUUAUCAAACAGUGUGCUAUCAAGAAAGUGGACUGAAAGCUAAGAAAGUGACAUGGGGAGUGAAGCUGAAUUAAUUUUAUUACACUGCCAAUCAGAACUCGCAGUUUAAUGGUUUCAAACUACACGUGUACACUGUCGAGUAACUGUAAAAUAGUAGGUUAACAAUAAAAGCUCUCAGGACUGGGCUUUGGCCUGUAGUUUAUCAAUGCAAAAUGUAAUUAAAACAGAUAUUACUGAAAACCAAAGAAUUCCCCGAGCGCCCUGCUGGAUGUGUCAUAGGACUGAUUCAUGGAAACCGGAAGUUGUAUAUCUGAUCGAGAAGUAUGAUGGAAUUAAACUCUGACAGAGUCAUUGAUACUGUACGUUUAUGUAUAAAUACAAAUCUGGGGGAAUUUAGACUUGUUUACAAACCUUUUUUUAUUGUGUCAUAAAUUCUGAAUAAAUGCUUUCAAAACUUUUA